AUGUCCAAUAUUAAUACUACUCUCAUUAACUCGAUGCAGAAAAUUGAAGUUGUCAUUGUCGAAAUCGAUCAAUCAUUACGCGAGCUUCAAAAACAAUUUAGCAAGCAAUUUAGCAAACAGUUUGUGCAAACAGUCAGUGCGAAAGACCUGAAUACAAUGCAACAAAUCAUUAUCGAGCAAAGUGAGCAAACACUUGUUGUACUGAACUAG